AUGGACCAGGAGGCCUCCAGCAGGGGCCAAGUCGCCUCGCGCACGCCGCGGGGGCGUGGCCAGCCGCGCUUGGGUGACUGGCCCGGGGUGCACGUGGCCCACGGCGACGAGCAGUGGACGCUUGGCCUCCAGGGCCUGGACGCAGCCUAUGGGGCCUGUGGGGCACAGGACCUUCCAGACAUCUCCAUCGAUCCAGAGGAGAAGGUCCUAUCUGCAAUCAACAGCAGCGAGGUCAAGAGGUGCUUCUGCAUUUCGAUCCCUGCGGCAUCGCUUCGCUUCAAAGGCCGGCAGGGCCUGCUGUCUCCAGGCCAAGCGCGAAGAGAAGGAGAGAGUUUUCCUGCCAUCGCUUUCGUGCUCGUGCUGCCACCGCGCAGCGUGCUUGACGUUUGCAAGCUGCUGGGCCCGGGCGCACGGGAGGUCCAGAGUCUGGAGCUUCAGUCUGACAUCGUCGCGCUGCGGCCCCCACCGCCCGACCAGCCAAGCUUCGUCUAUGGCUUCCCCUUGGAAGGCGGCCCCUUCAGGUGUUCGCAAGGCCGAGGCGGGAAGCUGACCCACUUCGCGCAUCCGUCCACGUACCACGCCCUGGACUUCGACUGCCCAGUGGGCACUCCGGUCUUGGCCAUGUCUGCGGGCAUCAUCUCCGAGAUCCGGGCGUCUGAGACUUCCGAGACGGCGUCAGGCGUUGACGUGCGAAACUUCUUCCAGUGGAACCAGAUCACCGUGAAGCAGGCGGACGGCACUUUGGCAGAGUACGUGCACAUCAAGGCUGCCGAUCCGUCCCUGAAGACUGGCGACAGGGUUCGAGAGGGGCAGGUGAUCGCCCAAAGCGGUGAUAUCGGCUUUUGCCCGACACCACACCUGCAUGUGGAGCCUUGGCCCGCAGACCAGAAGCCCGAUGAUGUCGCUAGUACCGCGUGGCUUUGCUUCAUCUUAGCUCCCCUCUACGAGCUCGCAGCAUGGGACAACUGUAAGCCGAAAAUCAGGGAAGUAGAAGGCUCCCCCCUGGCCAGGGCCCUUUCCAAUGUGAAGAGGGCAGCUGGUAUUCUGCGGACGAGCGCCUUUGCAUUUCGGGCCAUGUUCGACUAUGAUGAGCUGGAAGUGAAGUUCGAGGAGAGGGACGCGAAGACGAAGACCAAGGCGCCGGCAAGCGCUGCCGAGCCCGCCGCAAGGCCUUCCGGCUACGCCGCAUCGCUGGACUCGCUGGGCCUGAUGCCGCCCAGAAUCGGGGCUCGGAAGAUCCGGGUCCUAGCACUGCACGGCGGUGGGUCCAACACGAACAUCAUGGAGUACCAGGUCAUGCCACUUCGAAGAAUUCUGGGCGACCAGGCCGAGUGGGACUUUCUCAAUGGCGGAAGGGACUGGAAGUUCAAUGACGGCCACGGCGUGCCGAGCAUCAUGAAGACCCUGGCGGCUGGAAUGCCUUUCUUUGGCUGGUAUGGGGUCGAGAACGACGACAAGACAACUCGCACCUACGAGGAGAAGUUGUUUGACCCGUCGGUGACCUUCACUUAUAAGGAGGUAGACACGGGCGUCGAUCGCGUGCUGCAGCGGAUCAAGGAGCGAGGCCCGGUGGAUGUGAUCCUGGGCUUCUCCCAGGGAUGUAUCGUCAGCCACCUUGUGGCGGGCUUGCUGCGCGAGCGAGGCUUUAAAGAGAUGGAGCUACCAGAGAAGUCGCUACAUCACACCCACACCCGCACGGAGGACCGCGAGAGCGAGUCAAAACGAACCCGCGGCGCGGCGCUCGACAAGUUCAUCGCCCGAGGGCUCCGGAACCUCUCCCUGGGAGUCACCGAAGUCCUCAGCGUCACACUCAGAUCACCUGGCCUGCUGGUGGCUCAUGCCCGGAUCUUCCUCAAGCGCUGGUACACGCUCGGGCUGCUGCUGAUUGUGGCCAUGUGCCUCCAUGCGGAUCAGAACCUGGCGGCGCCGAACCUGAGUGCCAUUGCCGAUGAGUUCGAGCUCAGCCCACUGGAGAAGGAUUCGAAGCUGGGGGGCCAGGUCCAGCUGGGCUUCUUUUUCGUUGGAGGCAUUACCAGCUUGGCUCUUGGGCCGCUUGCGGAUCGGAUGAACCGAGUCAACCUGCUGCUUCUGGUGGUGAUCCUCGGCUCCGUCCCCUGCGCGCUGAUCAAGUACAUCCCUUCCGGCUCCAACGGCUUCCUGUGGUACUUGCUCUGCCGUGUGCUGACAGGAAUCUCGGUGGGCGGCUCUUUCCCGCUGCUUUACUCACUCUGCGGAGACCUCUGUGCAGCGGAGCAGCGCGGGAUCAUCUCCGCCGCGAUGGGCGUUGCCACCUCCGUGGGCGUUGCCAUAGGCCAGCUCCUUGCCGGCUUCCUGGGUCCGCGCCUGGGCUGGCGGACGCCUUUUGUGGCUGUAGCGUAUCCAGCGAUCUUCUUCGCCAUCCUCCUCUGGGCAACAGUCCCCGACCCUCGAAAGCGGCAAACCACUGAGGAGGGGAUCGAGCUCAGCCACCUGAGUCCCAAGGCCAGCGCAGGAUCGAGCAGCUCCACGGAAGCCUACACUGCCGAGGUGGAGCUGCAGGCUGAUGCGCCGGUCUCCGAAGUUUACGAGCGCAACCCGGAGCGCAAUCCCAGCCACGGCACGGAGCUCAAGCGCAGCGCUUCCGCGGCAGCAUCGGACAGCGACCUCGCGGCGGCCAUGGACCCUCACGCCGCCGUGACCGACUGCAGCCGAUUCGGAUUGGUUUGGCGAGGUCGAUCGAACCGGAUUUUCUUGUGCCAGGCUGUCCCCGGCUGCAUCGCGUGGUCGACGGUCACUACUUUCAUGCCCGACUACCUGCACAAAGAGCAAGGGCUUUCUGUGGAGAGCGCCACGCUCUUGGUCUCCUUCUUCGGGGCCUCGUGCCUGGUGUGGGCGCUCAGCGGAGCUGCUCUUGGCCAGCGCAUCUACAAUCGCAACAAAGGGCACCUGGCCUACCUGAUGUCCUGCUGCACGGCCUUCGCCGUCUGCCCCUUUCUGCUGCUGAUCAACUCCUCCCCUGGGGCGCUGCAGGCGACUUCAACGGAUGGAGGAGUUGGGCUGCCCUCCGCCUGGGCUCUCUUUGUUGCCUUCCUGGGUGGCGCGGCGGCGGUGACAAAUCCGAAUCUGAAAGGCCUUCUGAUGAAUGUGAAUACCUCGGCAACCAGAGGCACCGUCUUCGCUUUAGUAACCUUGACCGACGACGUGGGCAAAGGCCUAGGUCCCGAGGUCGUCGCGCUGGGGGUCCUUGCAUUAGGCAGGCGCCUGGCGCUGUCCCUGGCCAUGGCCUGCUGGCUCUUGUGUGCGCUGCUUCUGUACUUCUCCCGGUGGACCAUCGUGAAAGAUGUCCUUCGAGUGGAGCGGCUGGAGAAGCUGCCAGCAGCGGCCGUUUGA